AGCCAGGCAGAAGGAAGCAAUCUACAUAAUGACAGGCCAUAACUGCUGGGGAUACAGGCAGAAAGAUGGACCUUCUCUCUGGUACAAGUCCUAUCCCAUUGCCCAAGGCAGCCGUCAGUCUCCGAUUGAUAUCAUCCCCACGCAAGCUAUCUAUGACCCCAGUUUGAAGCCUCUCAGUAUUUCCUAUGAAUCAGGUUCAUCUCUUGACAUUUCCAACAAUGGGCAUUCAGUCAUGGUGGAUUUCAAGGAUGUUGAUGAUAAAACAGCUGUCAGUGGAGGCCCCUUGGAAAAUCCUUAUAGGCUGAAACAAUUCCAUUUUCAUUGGGGGACAAGCCAGAAUUCUGGAUCUGAACAUACCAUUAAUGGGAAAUCUUUUCCUUGCGAGCUCCAUUUAGUUCACUGGAAUGCCAAGAAAUACACAACGUUUGGAGAAGCUGCAGCAGCACCAGAUGGCUUGGUGGUGGUUGGUGUUUUUUUAGAGGUUGGAGAAGAACAUGCUUCUGUGAACAGACUGACUGAUGCCUUUUAUAUGGUCAAAUUUAAAGGAACAAAAGCUGAGUUCAAAGCUUUCAACCCAAGCACCCUUCUUCCCCCCUGCCUAAAUUAUUGGACAUAUCCUGGAUCUUUGACAACACCACCUCUCAACGAGAGUGUAACCUGGAUAGUGCUGAAGGAAGCUAUCCAAGUAUCAGAGAAACAGAUGGAGAAAUUCAGAACUCUCCUUUUUACAACAGAGGAAGAUGAAAAGAUCUUGAUGGUGAAUAAUUUUCGGCCCCCUCAGCCUCUUAAGGGAAGGGUUGUUCGUGCAUCCUUCAAGGUGUAAGAAGAAUAGAUGGAAAGAAAAAGGCAAAACAUGCAGAGAAUUUCUAAAUCAGCAAACAUAAGACUCUGAUUUUCAUCCUGGGCUUUAAAAUGCCACAGCAAGGAGACUGCAGGACAUCUAUUGAGUUUGACACGAUUCCAAACUCAAGAUAACGUGUGAAGCAUCCAUACCACUCCAGAUGUUUAAGAACACCUCCCUCCCUCCCUUCCUUUCCUUCCCAGUUCAUUCAGUUCUAGUUUAUAAAAUACAGCCAUUAUUUUACUACCAUGUUCCUGAAGGAACACUGGGGUUUUUUGUUCCUUAUUUUGUCUAGGAAAAAGUGUUUCAAUUGUCAUGAAAUGUAAAUCCCUAACAUAAAUAUUAAGAUAUUUAUAUUUGGGCAGAACCAAGCGUAUCUGUACUUUUUUAAUCUCUACUUUUCUUUUUGUCUUGCAAAUAACUUAUGAUCUUUAAUCAUAAUGAAGAUUUGA